AUGAUGUCGCCAGACGACCGGGCCCUCGAGGACCUGUUGUAUGGCAGUGACCUUGGUGACGAAAGAGAGGGGGCGGAGCUUAAUCAUGGCACAGAGAGAGCUGCUGCAGACGAUGUGAGUGUCUGUUCUCAGAUAAAAGUCCUGAGUCUGAAUUCAUCCUUAAAUUUUACACUUAAACAGGUUUGACACCAAAACAAAAACGGCGUUUGAGCGUCUCGUUUCAUCGUCUUUAAGUCUUUAAGUCUUUGUUGGUUCGCCUCAGCCUCCUGCAGCUGUGACCAUCCAGGAGCCAGUGAUGUGCGCCGGCUGUGGCGAGCAGGUGUGCGACCGUUUCUUCCUCCUGGCUGCGGGUCAGGUGUGGCACGGCGCCUGCCUCCGCUGCAGUCAGUGUCACGGCGAGCUGCAGACACACCCCUCGCUCUUCUGGAGGGACGGACACAUCUACUGCCAACAGGACUACAACAGGUCAGAGGUCAAACACCGACGACCUUCUGAUAUUUACCUAACAGAAAUAACAGAGUAAAUGGUUAUGACGCUCUUCAUCAUCUCUCCUCCUUCCUCUCAGGUUGUUUGGAGGCGGUCAGUGCGCUCGCUGCUUUCAGCCAAUCCCAGCUUCUGCUUUGGUCAUGAGGUCCGGCAAGCUGACCUUUCACCUUCACUGCUUCUCCUGUCAGGUACAACGAAAUUUAUAUUUUUGAUCAGCUUUAACAAAAACACUUUACAGCAUUUAGAGAGUCACAGCAGAGAGGAAGGACUCCUUAAUGUCUGUUUGAUCAGGUCCAAGCUCUUUGACUCUCAUCUUUUCCUGCAAAGAUCAGGUCCAAGCUCUUUGACUCUCAUCUUUUCCUGCAAAGAUCAGGUCCGUACUCUUUGACUCUCAUCUUUUCCUGCAAAGAUCAGGUCCAAACUCUUUCACUCUCAUCUUUUCCUGCAAAGAUCAGGUCCAAACUCUUUGACUCUCAUCUUCGCCUGCAAAGAUCAGGUCCAAACUCUUUGACUCUCAUCUUCGCCUGCAAAGAUCAGGUCCAAACUCUUUCACUCUCAUCUUUUCCUGCAAAGAUCAGGUCCAAACUCUUUGACUCUCAUGUUCACCUGCAAAGAUCAGGUCCAAGCUCUUUCACUCUCAUCUUUUCCUGCAAAGAUCAGGUCCAAGCUCUUUGACUCUCAUCUAUGCCUGCAAAGAUCAAGUCCAAACUCUUUGACUCUCAUCUUUUCCUGCAAAGAUCAGGUCCAAGCUCUUUGACUCUCAUCUUCGCCUGCAAAGAUCAGGUACAAACUCUUUCACUCUCAUCUUUUCCUGCAAAAACCGGUUUCAAACUCUUUGACUCUCAUGUUCACCUGCAAAGAUCAGGUCCAAGCUCUUUCACUCUCAUCUUUUCCUGCAAAGAUCAAGUCCAAACUCUUUGACUCUCAUCUUUUCCUGCAAAGAUCAGGUCCAAGCUCUUUGACUCUCAUCUUUUCCUGCAAAGAUCAGGUCCAAACUCUUUCACUCUCAUGUUCACCUGCAAAGAUCAGGUCCAAACUCUUUCACUCUCUUCUUCUAUUGUUUCCUUGACGGAAGUGUCACUAUGGUAGAAAACGUCACAUGAAAGAGAGCAUGUGAUUUCUGUGACCUUUGACCUUUUCUGCAGGAGUGUGACGUCAAACUUAUACCAGGGAACCUGUACUGCAUGCAGGGCCAGAACCUCUACUGUCAGUCUCAUUACCAUGACGACCAGAGCGCCUCGCUGUCCCAUGGUCUGCAGCCGGAUCAGAGUACGACAGAAGGAGAGAGCGGUACGUGGAGACCGGUUUGUUUUGACUGUGAAGUGUUUUUAUUGUCACUGUUGUUUCACUAAAUAACUCUCCGGUUCCUGUUCGACUCACAGCUCUGAAUCAGGCCUCAGGGGAAGGGGAGGAGUCUGUCAGCAGCCCUGAGCCGCGAUUGGACGACAGGGGAGCUGGGGAGCGGCCCCGCAGGCGGACAAAGCGAAUCAGGACGUGUUUCCGCAGCGAGCAGCUCAGAGCGCUGGAGAUGUACUUCGCCCAGAAACAAAAUCCUGAUGGGAAGGACUGGACCUGCCUCGCACACAAAACCGGGCUGCCCAAGAGGGUCCUGCAGGUGGGAGAUCUGAGAUUAGAGGGAUAUACGGCGUGUUUGACCCUAAAUUAAUUUUCCCUUUAACAGAUUAAGAGUCCAGACAGACCAGUCCUCAUCCUUCCUCCUCUCUCACAGGUGUGGUUUCAGAACGCUCGGGCCAAACUCAGACGCUCCCUCACCACCGAGGACUCGCAGGUGAUCUCCCCCGGCGCUCUAUCCAGGGGUGUAUCCAUGGCAACAGGGACCAAGCUCCUCCCCUGCUCCCCACCUGACCAGUCCCAGCCUUUCCCCACCAGCACCAUCGACGACCUGCAGCUCUCUCAGCUCACAGCCCCGCUCAGCGACCCGCCUCUGAGUCCAGCUGUGAACCAGCACCACCAGCUGCUGCAAAACCAAGACCUCUUCCUGGACUUCAACUCCCAGAAUGCUCUGGGGGGCGUCUCUUCUCUGGAGGCCUACGAGGACUUUGGGGAGUCACAGGGAGUCCCAGAUGUGGAGGUCGAUCAGGAAAGCUCUUUUAAACCACAUUACUGCUAA